ACUCACCCCACAUUGUUCAUACUUUGCUCUCCAAUAAGAUUUUCCCCUCUUCUUGAUCCCGAUUUUUAUUUUUUUUGUGAAACAUGAAUUCGGUUAAAGGCCAGGCCAGAGCCCUUUCUACUACUGGGAGGGUCAACGCCAAGGAGAGUGCGACUCAUCUCAUUAGAGAUGUUAAAGAUGACCAGAAAGUGAUUCAGGUCGAGGACCGUAAGGCAUUUUAUCUCAUGAACUGCGAGAACUGCGAUUAUACUAUUCAGGGCAAGCCUAUUAAGCUCUCAAUUGAAAACUGCAAGAAUUUGGUCCUCCGUGUCGAAGGGAAGAUCAUGACAGGCAUUGUUGACAUUUGGAGGAGCGAGAAUAUCUCGUUGGAUUUUGAACGAUCUGUGUCCAUGUUUCAAUUGGAUAACGUUAAUACUCUUACGCUCGGCUUACCUGAUGCAGAACAUUUUGGGUCCAUGGUUUGGGCAGGUGUUGAAGAUCUCACCCUCCGACUUGGCGCCGACGUGCACUCGUUAAGCUACAGCGAUCUGCAGUCCAGAAAUCCAGAUUUACGCCCUGAUAUGGAUCAAUUCAAGACAACGGUGAUUGAUGGCAGUAUUAUGACUGAAGCUAUUGUGCGUCUUGACAGUGGAUACCCUACCACGCGAGCAGAGGAGGCCAACUACCAACAACUGGAGAGACAAAAGGAUGAGGUGCUGCGCCCACCAGUUGCGAAUGAUGACUAAUAUAUUGACUACGGGAUUAAUAGUUUUUUAACAUUAUUUAUGGUUUAUGAAACGACCGCAGUGCAGACAGCGUCAUUUGCGUCUUACAAGCAAGCGCUUCUAGUAAAAUAAAUAGAAAAUGAAAG